AUGAGUGAGAGGAGGCGAUCUGCCGCAGCUCUGAGCUCGAGAGCCCACGCUUUUUCCGUGGAAGCCCUGAUCGGCUCCAACAAGAAGAGGAAGCUGCGGGGCUGGGAGGAGAAGGAGCUGGAGUUGUCCAUGGAGAGCCUCGCCGCCGACGGAGAGGACCCGGCGCACUGUCUGGAUAUGGACCCGGGUCAGUGCGCAGACAUGCACCACACCGAUUAAAUGUCCGGAUCAGCUCCGUUAGAUCUCAGAGAGAGCAGUCCCGAGUCAAAACAUGGUGAAAGCGUGUAGCUGUCAGUUCCACGGCCUCGGUGUGAUCGUGGAGUGUUUUUCUCUCUCUGCUGCAGCGCUGUCACACACAGAGGAGAAAACGGUUCAUUGUUUCAGAUGCAGCUUCAGUACUGCCGCGUUCAGGCCUUCAGAGUUAAAGAGACAUGGAACUUCAGUCAGGAGAUUAAAUAAUAAGUUUAAAGAAAAAAAUGUCCUCCUACUACCAAUUAGCUUCUGAACAAACUCAUUAGUCAGUCAUUUAUAAAAGAGUUGUAAUCUUAGCUGUGGGUGAACUGAUGGACCCCGUGAGAUUCUGAAAUGAUACCAAAAGAAAACAAGAGCCAAACAUUGAGUCAGAGAGUGUUUUUAAUUGGACUGCAGGCCUGCAGGGAGGCCUCUGCUCGUCCUGUUUUUCUAUCACACUCUUCAACUUCAUCAGAGAUUCAAACAUAUUUUACGCAGCUUAAAGCGGUUCAGAUUUAAGGCUCGAAAUUUUUCCCUAAAAGCGUCACACACUAAAAUGUAUAAUAUGAGUAUUUUAGGAAUAAAUUCAACACUGCAUAUUUUAAAGACAUCAACCACAUUGCGUAAAAACAUGUAGGGGCCCGAUGUUAACAUGGAUUAUACAAUACAACUGUAGAAUACUGUGUUGUAUUUAUAAAAUAGAUUUCCUAUGCACCUUCAUGCUGAUAUGGAUCUGUGGAUCUGCACUGGAGUGGAGGAAAUGCAGGCAUGUGUACAAACAUAAAAACAAGCUGGUGUGGCCAGAUUAUAAAAAAACAUAAUGGAUUAAAGAAUUUAUUAAAGAAAAAAAACUAGGUUUGAAAAUGAAGAUCCACAAUUAUAAGAACCAAUAGUCUCUGUGUUUAUUUAUUAUUUAUCUUUGGAACAAGCGAAAAUAUUUGUAACGACUUUUAUCCAACUUUUUAAUCUUAGGGCCCAUUUUAAAAUUUGUGCCAGUUUGCAUUUACUCAAACGUAAAUUGAGUAUAAGAAAAAACAUUUUAUUUGUCUUGUAUAAUAAUAAUAAUAAUCUCACUGCUGGUUGACAUUUUAUGAAGUAAAGGGAAAUAGAGAUGAGCUGAUCAGACACAGAGUAUUGAACUCCAGUCACAAUGCUUCGUGUCAAACUGAGACAAACAGAGAGCUAUAGGUUUGUUUGAGCUCUGAAGCAAAAAAAUAGAUAAAUAAAUAUAUAAAUAUAUAAAAACGCUCUAAGUGAAAAAAAAUAAAGACCUUACAUUUCAAAAUGUGUCAGAUCAGUGCUCAUGAGGCAGAAAUGUUUUUGUGCAGGAUUAAAGAUCCAAACGAGGCCCCUUCUUUAACAACAUGAAUUUAAUUAGACUUUAAUCACUUUAACUGUGAUAUUGUCUCAUUUUAAAACACAGAUAAAUUCACUCUUUGGAGGUGGGAAUCGUGACCCCUGUGUGCUACUCUGUCUCGGGCCGGCUGCAGGCUGACCUCCGGGGCGCAGCGUCUUUACGCACGGCUCCUCUCUGCCCCUGAGAGCUCGAGUUUAAUGUGGAUUUGUUUGUUGUAUGAAUUAUUAUUAAUAAUUUAUUGACAUGUCUAAAUCGGCCUAAUCUGUCUGUAAAAGCAAACGUCGACUGCAGUGCUGCUGAUUGGGAACAGCUCGGUUUUAUUCUGUUUUAAAGCGCAAAUUUCGCUCCAGACAUCAUUAAACCGCCUGCAGUCACUUCCCGGUCCCCUCUCGGUUCCAUGGGGCAGAAAAGUCUUUCUGUCCAUCCCCCCUUGACGUUUGGGGAGGUUUAGGAUUUGUGGCUGAAUGAAUAACCCAGUUCCCGGUCCAUCGCCCCCCCUGGUGCCGCUCAUUAGCAGUCGAGUUCCUGGCAGGUUCAGCGGGUCCUGCUCGGGUCCUAAAGCCUCUGCUUUAACGCGUCGGGCGGCAGUGACCGAGAACAGCGAGUCUCUGUGGUCAGAUUAUGUGGUCUGAAGGAAUCUUUAACGGAGUGGUUUUAUUUUUACUCAGCUGCAGGCCGGGCUGGGAGCCGCUUGGUCGUAUAACAGGUUUAUUAGCCUCAGAGAACAGGGCAGGACUGAGGGAGGCAGGAUCUGAACCAGGCUCACAUUUAACGGUCUGCCUGUAAGAGCGGAACGGUUCAGCUAGUUAGACCUCACGAAAGUGCUACAACUACAUUCACGAUAUUAACCCCUUUAAUACAGUAAUUAACAAGAUGAACUACACCUAGUAUAACCUCAUAUUUCAUAACACUCAGCCAAAAAUUAGCGAUUUACAAGCUGACACUUUUACGCACAGAUAUUACGCACUGGACACACUCACUAAAAACCCUGAAAUCUCCAGAGGUAUGUACCAUUUUUUUUUCACAUAACUGCAAAAAUAUUCACCAGCGACACUUAAAGAAACAGCUCAUUCUUCUCAGUGCUCCUCUGCAGACGGUGUACUUAACUCAGGCUGAUAGAAGCGUGUUUGAGCCGGAAUAAACAUUUUACCGAGUCUCCGUUUGAGAAACAGGAAUCAGGAGCUCUCACUGUGUGGUUUUAGUUACUUGGUGGUUUCACGGUUGACAAGUUGCCACCAUCUGCAGCAGGAAUCUGCUGCAACUUUAUGUAAUUUAUCAACUUCUUCACCUGAGGAAGUAAACUCCAAUUCCUUUCAUGAGCUUUAUCAGACUAAGGCUUUCCAAAUUUGACCAGAAUGUGAAAUGUGACAUCCAUGCAAAAGAGGUACCAGACAUUCAUCAUUUAAAGGGCCUUUUAAGAAGUUUUAUGUCAAAUUGGUGCACAAAAAAAACCUGAUAAUUUAAAAUAAAGAGUGGUUAAGUGUUCAAAAUUUCCUGGGGGGAGGACCACCACAAGAUCUCAGACAAAAUAAAUAAAAAAUAAAAUAAUAUCAUCAAUUUAAAUCAAUAUCAAGACAUUUGAGACAGUUUUCCUGAGCCCAGUUGUUUACUGUAAAAGUAUUUCUCCAGAGCAAAAAUCUCAUCAAUAUCUCAUCAAUACAGUAUCUGAGGCUGCUCAUCUGAUCAGGAAAAUGCUCCAAUAUAUCAAACCAUCUCAAAAUAUUCAGCUCCACUAAAAGAGGAAUGAGUGUUUUUAUUUGACCGAAGAGUAAAUGCAAAAUGAUCAUCCUUGCUUCCUAAAUUAAGGCGCUGGUGGAAACUGUUUGCUCGAGCUCCUACGCUUGUGUGUGUUCACGCUGUAAAGAAGGUACCAGCUCGGCCUUAUUUUCAGCCAGUAAAAACAGCAAUAAUGAAUCAUAUUACUGUAAAUAAAUCACUGUAAACAAGAUGGUUACUCUGGCCCCAGAGUGACUUUUGGAAAUAAAUUCACUCUCUUGAUAAACUCCUAAAAUUUUGGAUGCCUCCAUUACAUUUUUUUUCCUCCUCAAGGACCUGUAACGCCUGAUAAAAAAUAUACAGGAAAAAACAGUUUUACACUUCAUGGAUCUGCCUCUGGAUCUGUUUUGGAGUGUUUAAAAUGUUUCUGCAGGACAGCAUGCACAGGAUGUGAGUUUUUUUUUUUUUUUUUUUUUUGAAGUUUAAGAAAAUUCACUCUCAAAUAUUUAUAUUAACUUUUUAUGUCUGAUGGAAAUCUGUAAAUUUAAAUAUUUCUAGUUUCAUGUUCGGGAAAAUAUAAACAAAUUGGACUCAAGAGGUUUAUUCUCCUUGUUUGAAGCAACUUAAAGAUAACGGGAGAAAUAAUGAAUGGGGUGCAAAUGUCUACCUGCUCAUAUAACUAUCACUGCUUCACUGAUGAAAUGUAAGGCUUCCUUGAUGAGUAAUUGCUCUCAUUUUUCAAAGUUCCUUUUUUCAAUUCAAGAUUUUUAAUUGUUCUAAUGUGACAAAAUACUAUUUAUAAACACUCACCUCUGUAGGUGUGCAAAUCACAGCAACAAAACUCAGUUUAUUUUCUUAUUUACUUAAAAUCUGAUCAUCUAUCUGUAAAAUCUUCAUACAAAUAUGAAGAGUGUUUUUCAGUGACUCCUCCCAGGCUGUCUUUGCUGAUGUGAGAGAAAAAAAGAACUGUGUGUUUGUGAGUGUGUGUGUGGGAGUGUGUGUGUGACUGCAUGUGAACUGUGACACGGAGGGUAAAUUGAUGUACAGCAUCGCCUUGAUUGAAUUCAGACCAAUUAGUGGCUCGCUUUGGAUGUUUGCUGCGUUUUAAUGAGGCCGGGAUGGGCUGAUUGAGAGUGUACGACCACAAGAUACAGGCCCUGAUUCUGUGUGUGUGUGUGUGUGUGUGUGUGUGUGUGUGUGUGUGUGUGUGUGUGUGUGUGUGUGUGUGUGUGUGUGUGUGUGUGUGUGUGUGUGUGUGUGAGACAGAGAGAGAGAGAAACCACAGCAGAUGUCAGGGUAGUGUUGUGCUGAGUGGACAUGUUUUUGCUCAUCAAUAGAAGUCACUUUUUAUUCGGCUUUACAACAAAAUUUAAAAUGAAGCUUCAAAUUAGAAACUAAAAGAAAACCGUCACAUGAACUUGAUGCUUCUUGAUAAAACACUCUGAGAAUUAAGCUUUCUUUAGUUCUGGGUGUCUAAAGUUGAGUAAAGACUUGUCCUUGUGGUGACUCUUCUUCAGAUGAACAUUUUUAAACAUCAGAUGCAGCGAGAAGCUUCAGCUUCAGGAGUGUCCAAGGCUCUUUAGUUGGACCUUGUUGUCGUGAGCGUGUGUGUGUGUGUGUGUGUGUGUGUGUGUGUGUUCAGUGAAGGCAGCUCCCUCAUCUUGAUAGAAAUCUGUCCAAUCAGAGUUGUCGCGCUCGUGUUCGGCCUGUCUUUCCCUCCUCUUCAUUUUUACUGGAGCUCCUGCAGAAAUGAUCCGAUUCAGUCGAGCUGCUGAAACUGCUGCAGUUUACAACAUGAAUUCCAGGAUUUGAGGCCUGUUGUAGAUCUGGAGCUGCUCACUGAAGCUUUUCAGACUGUGUUAUUCUUAUUGAUGCAGAUUUUAUUCUGAAUGAGGAGUUUCAGAUUUUUUUGUGUGUACCUUAAAGUUGUUUUCUGUCACAAUCAAACCCUCUGGACUCAUAUUACUAUUUAAGAUUUGUCAUUAUCUUUGAACACUGACACUAAUUUAAGGCUUCAGACCAUCAACCAUCUAAACCAAGUUGAUUUUUAAAAAUGGAUGAAAAUAGAAGAUUCUUAAAUGUGCACAUUAAUGAAAAAACAACAAAAUAUGGUUAAGAGACUAAAGGUACAAUGAGAGUGUAAUACUUGGAUUAACCUAAAAAAAACUAACCUGUUUGUUUUCUUAUUAAAACAUUAACUGAACCCAAAGCUUUUAAUGAUAAAACAAACUACAGCUUAAACAAAGACAAAACUGUCAACCAGAGGAUAAAGACUAAGAAACAGCCCCUGCUUCAUACACUACAUUUGUUGAACUUUAAUUAGAUGUGACAAUAAUUGUGUUUUGUCCCAGUCAAAUAAAUAUUAAUUAAUAAAUAGAUAAUGCCUUAAAAUGACCAAAACUAAACAGGCUGGACUGUGAAAGUCAAUUUAAGAUGAUUAAACUAAAAUGUUCUGGUUGUUGUUGGUGUAUCACUGAAGAGUUUGGAUGGAGAUGCACAGAAAUUCAAACCCAUCAAAAUUUCUGUGCAACUCAGGAAUUACAAACUAAUUCCCAUAGCUUUGGGAAAAUUCAUGCAUGCAGGAAAUUAGAGCAGGUGUUUCUGGUGCAGCAAUGAAUAUACAAAUAGAAUAAAAGAUAGCAGUGACAGUUUAACCAUCAACUAACUUCAAUACAAUUAAUCUAAUAGUAUGGACUAAUGCAAUUGAAAAUAAUGUUAAAUAACUGAGUGCAAUUGCUUAAGUGGAGUUAAAGAGCGGUGGAGUUUGUGCUGGAAUGAGCAACAUUAUUAUGUUGUGUGUUAGAAAUUGCACGCCAAAGCAGUGUGAAAAAGCUUAAAAGGUGAAAUAAAAAUGCAAAAAGACAAAAUGUAAUGUGAAUCAGCGCAACACAAAGAUCUAGAGAGUCUUCAUUUUAACACUUCACUGCUAACGUAUUAUGAAAUAACUCAGAGGCUGAAUGCUUCUCCGUGUAUCGAGGGACAGGGUGUUACAACAGCCUCCAGAUUUGAAGAGAUUGCUUUCGUUGGUUGUGAUAGAUUACUGUCUGCACACUUUAUAUGGAUGAUUAUAUAUUAUUAUAUUAUUUAAAACCAUCAUCUGUGUGAUCUUCCUGCACCAGAUACUCAAGUUUAAUGCUGCUUGAUGUAAGUGUGCUGUCCUCAUCUGUAGAUGAACUCACAGCAGAUAAAACUUAUGGUUAUUCAUUCGUCUGCCCGCUUCUUGAACACCAGCAGUAAAUGCAGUGUUUUAAUAUGAAGUAAGGGGGCUGUUCUCAGUGACUCUGUGAGUGUGUGUGAACAGUAAAAGUAGAAUAACAGGAGAGGAAUCAUGUGUGACAGUCUCACCGGCUGCAGUGACACUCACAGGAUCUCCCAAGAAGAUGAUGGAGAGUCUGUCUGUGUCUCUCUGUGCUCAUUACAGCCCCUCAACCCCUCCACUCCACCUCCCUCUCUCCUCCUUCAUCCCUCCCCUCCCUCCUCUUUCUACUCUUCCUAUCUCCAUCCCUCCUCUCCUCUCCUCACUUCUCCUCUCUGGGCUUGUGUUUCCAGCAGACUUGGCUCAGCUCGGCACGGCGGUUUGGCCGGGGGACUGGGUCCAGUCUCGCAGCAGCUCUGCAUUUGCAUAACCAUAUUUGUGUGCCCGUCGCUCUGCCAAGUCCACCUCCUGGUGUCAGGGCGCUCAAUAAAUAAUACAUUAUUAGAUUCUUCUCUGGGUGGUGGUGGUGGUGGUGGUGUUGGAGGGGAUGAUGGAUAGUUAGCAGUGAACUAUUUCUGAGAAAAGUGAAACAAAAGUAAGCGUGUGAGAGUUUAAUCUGGUGAAAGCGGAGUUUUGAAGUUUGGAGCUUUCGAGAAAUGACAUCCUAGCUAGAAAAAAAAUAAGAUGUAUCGCCAUUUAACCCAACAAGGUUAAAAAGUAGGAUGAUGAUUUGCUGAGAGGGUUUGCUUCUUUAUUCGGUGAAUUUGGAGUUAAAAAGAAAAGGAGUUUUGAUUUAGGAUCUGGUUAAUUUUGCAGUCAAUAAGGGGUUUCUGAGUUUUGUUUGAGUAAAUAAAGGAAGAACUUGCAAAGUGACCUCCAAACAAAGGUCAUGCUGGGUGAUUUAGCUGCAGACUCUCCUUCGUUUCUGUCUCCUUGUUCCUUAAAAGCAGAAGAGUUUGGAUUUUGUUGUGCACAGAGCAAAUGUGAAGUUGUCUGAGGUCACCCUGCUGGUGUCUGUGAGUUUGAGCCUCACGCUGAUGGAAAGCUUCUCUGUAGGUCUGGAUCAGAUUCAGGAUGGAGGAAACGGUUUUAUCUGCUCUGACAUCGUGACUGUGUUGAUGGUCAGUCAGUUAAACUCUCCCUCCAGAGAGAGAGCUUGAAGGAAAAACUCCAUUUUCUGUACGUUUCCCCGUGGACCUCUUCAUUUGUGUGGCCCAAUUUAAUAUGUAAUAUUUUCUACAUCUCAGUUCAAAGGCGUUACGCAGCAUUUAUUCUGCGUUUGACAUCAGCCCAGGACUUUAGCACGAGCCAGAGAGACAAACUUAGCCGCGCCGCUCCGGGCUGGAGACGGCAGGUGAUUUGGAGUCAGUGGAGAGAACCGCUGCCCUCCUCACUGCGCCAAGUUUCCUGCGUAAAAAGCCAAAAGCGGAUUAGUUCCACUGUUUGAGAGCUGCCCUCUCAUCAAAGUCCUCAUUUCCCCCUCAGACUCAGAGGCGAGUCCCGGCUCGGACGGAGAGGGUCUGGCUGAGAGGACGUCGUGCUCCUUCGGCUCACCCGACGACCUGGCCCCGGGCCCCUGCGAGCCGUCGCCCCCAGCCUCCAUGGAGGAGAUCCAGGUGGAGCUGCAGUGCGCAGACCUGUGGAAGCGUUUCCAUGACAUCGGGACGGAGAUGAUCAUCACUAAGGCGGGCAGGUAGGCCGGACACACACGCACACAAACCUACAUGCAGUUCUAUAGCGGGUUCGUGGCGCAAUCAGACUGCGUAAAAACUCAGUCAUUAACUUUUACGCAAAUGAAACUCGUUUCAAACUGGCCCCACAAGUUGACUCUUCCGAUAUCUCAUUAUUUUAAAACAUUUCCCGUAAUACUAAAACCAUAAAAACAAUUUAGGGCCGAGUUAAGCGAUUAGCUAAUUUAAGUUAUUCGACUGCGCAGGCGCAAAGGCGUACGCGUUGACUCACAGACGCGUCAUUUCAAAAGCUCAGGCACACACACACACACACACACACACACCUCUGUGUUUGGAGGGUGUUAAUGUGUUGCACAUGCAGGCCGCUGUGUCGUGUUCAGGCCUCAUGACGCGGCAGGUUUUUCUCGAUGCCUGAGAAAACGGAGAGCUGGAUUUAAUUAAUCUCUCUCUCUCUCUUUCUCUUUCUCUCUCUCUCUCUCUCUCUCGGAAACAUUUUCAUUUUUUUGUCUUUCGGUCUCUCGUGCCUGCAGUCCAAACUCAGACUGAGAGCAGGAGUUGACCUGCGGGCCCUGCAGGAAAGACCUUUCCUCGCGCUCUGCUGCGCGCCCUGCGACUAACAUUUCCCCCUCUGCUCACAUCAAUCGACUUGAGAGAUUUUGAGCUUUUGCUGCUCGACGGCAAAAAAAAAAGUCCCCAAUACACACGUUUCUAUGACGACAUGGAUCUCUAUCCGGACAGCGCCUCAAACUUGCACUUAUUUGGGUCCAGAAAGCGCAUCUCCGUUACCAGAACCCUUCUCUUAAAGUUUGUUGGUAGAAUAGUUAGUGCUUAAAAACUGCAGGAAAAUGAUGAGUAAGCACCAAAAAAAAAAAAAAAACAGUUAAUAGGCCAGGGACCUAAUGUCUGCACCUAUGUGUGUGCGUGUUGUGUGAGUUGAUAUCAUUUUUAAAUUAAACAAUAUCAUAUUUAUAGGGAGCAGAUCAGCCAGUGUUGAUGUUUAAUACUGAUAUCAUAUUAUUGUUUAUUGGAUCAAAUAUAAGAGUUAAAUAAUACUCACAAAUACAAAAAAAAAAAAAAAAAAAAACAGAACAACUGAAUGUAAAUGAACAUUUUCUCAAAUAAAUAGAGACAAAAAAAAUAUUUGUCUGUAAAAUAUUGCUGCAAGGAAUUAAAAUAUUUGUCCAGUUGUUGGUAAUUAUUGAAAUAAAAAAAUAUCAGGCCUAAAAAAUACACAAAAGAAAUACAUUAUUAUUUUAUUAUUCUAAGCAUGUGAUAAACUAAUGGUUAUUUUCCCUUACAUGUUUUAAUGUCAGGAGCAACUUUAAACUGUGUUUUUCUUCACUUCACAACAGAGCUUAAAGGUUAACUGGUAAUUGUUCUAAAUUUAAAGAUUGUGAAAAAUGUGUAAUCGUUCAAAAAAAGAUGAGGGUGUAAUUGACUUUUCUAGCAGUGAUGGCGAUGUGUUACUGAUCACUUUAAAUCUGCCCGAUUAACCACUGACUGAGUGAUCAGUUUAUCUCUAAUCUGAAUAAUUCAGUCAGAUUAUCUUCUGUUUAUCAGGACAGAUGGAUUUGAGUUUGAAGUAGCUGAAUAAAAAGUUCAUAUAUUAUAUUUAAUAGACGUUUUUGUGUUUCACCUCUGAACUUUUGGUCAAGGCCUUUAUUUGACUUUUUCUGCUCUUAAUCAGUGCUGCCCUCAGUAACACCCCCCUCUCUCUCUUCUCUCUCUCUCUCUCUCUCUCUCUCAUUUUCUCAUAUUAGACUCACUCUGCUGCUUUUUAUGAAUUGGCUUUAAAUUGGUAAUCAGCUCAUAAAGGGCACAACCAUCAUUUUUGCGCUGAAGCAGAGUGACUAUAACUCUAUGUGUGUGUGUGUGUGUGUGUGUGUGUGUGUGUGUGUGUGUGUGUGCUCUCUUCAUGGCCUGUUUAUAAUAAAACCAUAAAUCCAGAGGAGAGGGGGGAGCGGAGCAGCCCUCUGCUCUCAUUAGAGAGCUUCAGAUUUACGACUUUUAAAUGAAAAGCUCAAAAAUGCUGCGUUUGAAGUGCAAAAAGAGGAAUUAAGUCACAACUUCUCCCUCUUCAUUUAAUACAAGACCCCUCCUCUUUGUCUUUCUCUGACUGUAAUUUUCAUGGUCAAAUCUGCCUCAGAGCGGGUGGAGCUGGUGGACAGAAACAUGUCUGAGGAGAAAAAGUAAAGUUUAAUUAGACCUACAUGAAAGAUUUCAGAGUUUGAUUAUUGGUUUGUUAAGUUUUAUGACAAAAAGACCAAAAAAACACACAAAUGUAUAGAAUGUAAAGGUCAGAGGUUAAAAUAUUAUGGCCCGCAGGAACAAAAAUAAAGACUACAGAAAUAUUGAAGCGAUAAAAGUGAAAUUAGUACAUUUUUAGUGGUAUAACCAUGUCCAAACAAUCAGGAUAAAGAUGUAAAUAAUGAUUUAACAUUAUCUUCAUAUAAGUGUUGCUCCUAGAGUUUAUUUCUGUUGCAUUAAAAGCUGAAUCUCUUCUCAUUCAGACAUGAUGAACAAACCAAGAAGAACUUUUUACAGCUGAGAGAUGGAGCUUUUAUUUUUGUAUGAGUUAAAGAAGUCAACAGCGAGUGUGAAACUAAAAACAAAACAAACACAGGAACAGUUUCACCAAAAAAUAACCACUGAUUUGAUGCAGAAUCAGAGUAACUCUGUUUUUUCGUUGAAUACCUCUGCAUUUUGUUUAUUAAUUUUAACAGGAGGACUUGUUUUUUUUAAAUGAGCGUGUCUGAAAAUGUGUGUGUGUCUGCUGUUUGCUUUGCCCAGCGCUGCACAAACAUCGUUUACAUCCUCGGGGGGCCGUUUGAAUGAAAGACGAGGACUCCUCAUUUCAACAAACUCUGAACAAGCAGAGAGAGUUUGCUCAAGUAGAAAAACACACACAGCUUUAUAAGAAAUUAAACUCAUUUUCAAACCUGUUUGCAUCAUUACACUCUGGACUGCUCAGAGAAAUAGAUCAACAGGCUGAGCAGCAGGUCUUAUACGCUACAAUAAAGUGACCUGAUAUAAAGGAGCUAUAUUAAAAUACAUUAUUUAAUUUGUAAAAAUCUUUUAGUGAAUUAAUCUUUUUUUUAAACAUAUAUGUUUAUUGGAAAUGUGGAAGGUGAGGGUCUGUUUUUUUCUUCUCUUUGCACCAGAACUGCACACCAAGUGGUCCCUUUAUUUCACUUAGAUGUAACCCUGCUGACUAUACUGAAAAUUGUUGGAUUAUUUUAAGUUGAUCAUUUGUAUUUAGUUGUUUGUUUAUUGGAAGAAUAACACAAUUAGAGUCAUUAUUUGGAAAAUCUGAGUUUUUAUGAAUACUUUCAUUUUGAUAGAAUUAAUUAUGAUGCUGUAAGUGAUGCUGACAUAGGUAAGAUAAGAUGGGAAAGGACGUGCAGGAGGAAAGUUGGUUUUUCUUUUAUUCAUGAGGGUUCAGAGGGAAAGAUAGGAGAAAAUAUAAGAACACUAAUCCCUGAUUAUGACUCAAAAACCUCCAAAAACCUCAAUUUUUUGCCCUGAUUGGAGUGAUGAUUUGUUUGAUCCGCUCUCUCUGUGCUCUGACGGCUGGUUUAUUUUCAGACUGCACCUCUUCACUGUAAUAGAGACCUAAUCCGUUAUUUUGGUCACCUUUAGACAUUACUUACAUAUUACUAAACUGAUUCCCCAGUCUGAUUAUUUCACACUUCCUCCUUAUUGAUCCAGGAAUCCAUCCCAUGUCGCUUUAAGCAGCUAAAAUAAAAGAACAUUUCUGAUGUGAAACUAUUUCAAUGAUGGAAAUUUUACUGUAUCACACACAAUAUGUAAGAUUGGAAACCUGAUCCAUUACACUGACACAGCUGUAAACAUGUUUUACUCAGUUUUGUCGAACAUUAUUUGCAGAUCACCAAUCACUAACUAUGUGUCAUGAGUUUGUGGGAUGAUCUUUAAAUGACUAAGUCUCAGUAGAAGAAUACUGCAGGCUCCUCCGUGACCUCAGCUGCUGGAUAAUAACAUGAAAUCAGAAUGAUUGAAUCCUCAGAUUGCUCUGAGUUUGUUUUAAUCAUGAUGCAUUUAUUUAUAAGAGUCUUCUUUCCUCUAAUUCUGUGUUGGGGUCGAUCUGUCAUGUAACGUUUAAAGCAGUACUUUCUCUCACAGGCCUCAGGGUGUCCAAAUGAUCCACUCAGGAAGGUUUGCCUCCACUCUUUCACCCUCUUUAGUUUCUUUCAGCCGUCUAGUUACCUUAAAAUAACCUUCAUCUCUUUUAAGAAACGACUUCACUGAAGAAAACACUGUUGUUUUCAGACUCAGUGUUUUAUAUUUUAUUGUCAGCAGGACUGCUUUUAGGACACGGCAUCUUCAUAGAGCUAUUCUGGUCAAAAUUACAGAUGACCUUUCUUCUCUUAUAAGUCUCAAGGAUGGAAAAAAACACAACCUCUGUUUGUACGCCGUGUAAUUUGUCACUCUCAAAGUCUGAGCUGUGAAGGAAAGCUUUGAGUCUCUAGUUUGCGCUGCUUGGGAUAAUCUGGGGACAGAAUUUAAAUUGCAAAGCGUAACAAUCCUGCGUGUUUUAAAUCCUCUGUGAAAUCUCUCGAGUCUAACCUGUCAGCGUCUGAAUGAUUUUUUAUAUUCCUGAUAAUCUCUCUUGUUUUUAGGAGCCCGAUCGUGUUUUUGCUGCUAGUCUCUGCCAGUUCUAUUUUAGAGAUCUGAUUUCAAUAAAUGAAACAAAAGGACAAAAGGGAAAAGAUGGAAAUAAUUUGAUUCCCAUUUGACUCAUCAAUAUGUAUCCCUCUCUUUCAGGAGGAUGUUUCCUGCCAUGCGGGUGAAGAUCGCAGGUCUGGACCCUCAUCAGCAGUACUACAUCGCCAUGGACAUCGUGCCUGUGGACAAUAAGAGAUACAGGUACGUUACUUGUGUAUAUACUGCAGGAAAAGCCUGAGUUCAACAUGUUUGCAAAACGAAGUCAAACUUUGCAUUUGAUCUUCUGUUUUUGCACCAUUUAUCCGCAUUUUCCUGCUUUUCCAAAUACAGACCUUCAUCCCAGAAUUUCCCCUCAAUCUGCUCCAAAACCAAAAUGAUUUCAUUCCUCUGGUUUUGAACGGGGAGAUAAAUGUCCCCUGAUGGUCUCAGCGCUGUUACAGAUGCUUUUCAGACAUGACAGGAAUGAAAUUGCGGAGAAAUCGCUGAGUAAUUGUGCGUUUUUUUUUAAAAAGAGGGAACGAAGAAAGUCAAACACACAUAUGCAGCACAGAAGAGCAGCUUUUCAGCUCUCUCAGAAAAUCAUUUGAAUAAGAGCACAGCUGAACAUAAUAUGCACAGGCACAGUCGUAUCCCUCCACAGCUGGAUGCAGAACUUUAUUUUCCUGGAUGAAUCUCAAAAAUCGAGCUGAGUACAAACACAUUGACCUAGUUGGGUUGAUGUUAUCUCAGAACCAUUUCUCAUCUUUGAGUCCGCAUAACAGGAUUUGGACUGAACAAAGAUAUUCCAGCCUUUUGUCAUUUUCCUCAUAACUGCUCCGAGACAUGUUCCUGUCUUCUUCUUGGCUUUAAAAAAGGUUGUUCCUCCCAUCAUUUGCAUGAAUGAAGGGAAGUGAAAGUGAUUAAAGCGUGCAUGGGCUGGAAGCAGGUCUGUACGUGAUGGAUCUCUCUGGAUAUGCAAUAAGACCGACAUCCUGGCUGCAGAACGAGUCCCUGAAGUCAGAGCCAGAGAGGAGAUUGAAAUGUAUUCAUCAUCCCGCAGAGGCUGCCUGCAAAUAGGAUAACUCUCAACAUCCACGUCUGAUGACGGAAAGAUAAAAAAAAAAUGAUGUGGAGAUGGAAAGAAAAUUUGAGAUGCUGCAGCGAGAGAAGUUUUAUAGAGUUACUUUAUGGUCCAGCAGAAACUUUUCAGGUGUUAUGACAAAAAUGAGGAAGAUGAUGAGAGACAUGUGCGAAGUUUACCUUCUCUCUUCAGUGACUGUGUCGUGUCUUACUAAUGCUGAUAUAAAAACAGGCUGUUAUGAUUGUGAUGAAGUGAUGAUGUGGAAAAUAACCCAGAGCCAGCAUCAGAGCUUUUACUGUGAGGUCUGAUCAAUGAAAGUCUCUAAACACUGAUGCUGCUGUUUGUGAGUCGAAGCUUUAGCCUGCUGAGAGUUUCUGGUCUUACAUUCAGAGUUAGUAAAACAAAUCUCAAAUUUGAUUUAGAAAAGUUCAAGAAAGGAAAAUAGCACCAUUAAUAUUGUUAUUUAAAUGCUUUUAUUUUGAAAGAAUUUGUUGUUUUACAUUUGGUGAUACUCGGGGAGGUAAGAUAUGAUGGAGGAGGAUGGAGAAUUGAAGGAUAAGACAAUAUGGAAAAUUUAAAGUGGACAAACACCAAAAGAUUAAAAAAUUUCAGACUGAUCUUGUAAUGUCUGAGACCCAACACAUGAUGACAGAUUUGACAGUUUUGUUGCUGUUGUCCAGACCAGAGUCCAGACUGUCAAAACUGAGAAAGUCUCACAGUCAAACGUGACUUGACAACACAGGAGCUAACUGAUCCUAACUGCCUACUUACAUUGCGACCACAUUUUCAUAUCAGUUCUACCUACAUGUGUUGUCACCAUGUAUCAAAAAGUGGGUACCAGUAUUUCUGACGCCCAUUUCAGUUUAAACCUCAUGUUCACUUUGCUAUGGUUCGUUGUGCUUCCUCUUCCAGUCAGGUUGCUUUCCGAUCAUUAUCUCUUAGCGUGUGCCCCGCAGAUAGUUUUCACUUUCUACUUUCUGUAGAAAGUGAAAAAAUGUUUCCUCCUUUUUGACUCUUAUUGUUCAGCCAAACUAACGAAGCCAAGGAGCUCUGCAGACAGAAGGACAGCUUGACAGACAGAGAUACUCCGGUCUGAAAUAUCAGGUAGCUUAUCACAUAGAAGCUUUUUAGACACCUGUUUGCAUAUUGUUCAGCUGCCUGUGUGGUGAAGCUUUUAGAAACAGUAGAAAAAUCUGCAUUUUUCACUUUUAAAAAGCUCAGUAACAUCAUGAAUGGCUGGGAUAAAAAAAGUUGAUUGCACAGGAUUAACUGGUGCAGAAAAUACACGUUCAGUUGUUUUAGAAACUUACAUUUGUGUUUUGGUUUUACUCAGACUUAACUAGAUUACCUGUAUUGAUCAUAAUGAAGAGACAUGCCACUUUAUUCAUUUAUGCAUAUCACUGAUUUAAAGCCUUAGUAAGAUUAUAUACUGAGUUCAAACUUACUAAUAAAAAUGCAAACAAGUGUCUAAAAAAAGUCGAAAUCAUUUUCAAACUCAUUAAAGCCUUAAAUGCAUUUCUUUUAGAGAGUUAAUAUUUGAGCAAAUCACAGACUCCCUCCACCUCCUUCUGUAAAAGAAAACCUGUCAUCUCAGAGGAAAACAGGGAGAAACUCCUCCCCCUCAUGUCAGCGCAGAUUUAAUUAAGACAAAAAACAAGAAAGGAAUGAAGACAAACAAUAAAAGACCACAACUUCUGUUAUUUGACUCGAGUACCCUCUAUCUUUAAUAUCAUGUCACAUUUAAUGAAUACAGAAUUUUCCACCAGAGCGAGGAAGAUGUUGUGUGUUACCGCCUCUUACUGCCCUCCCACAAGUGAACCAGCCCAUCAUAGAAGCUUUUCAGAGACCAGAAGAUCUUGUAAAAUUAAAUGGGAUUUUCAUCCUGGCUGGGGAGUUUACCACAGAGCUUUACAGACUGAUCUGGGAUCUGUCACUGGUGUGUGUCCCAGUCCUGAAGACUUUGGGGUCUGGAAACACGGUCUUUAUUGAAGUUGACUUGCUUUACUUGGGCUCCCUGCCCCUGUUUGGGAACGUCUUUUGGUACCACGCUCAUUAAACCUCCAUAUUUCACUUCUUUUAUGUGGACAGUCGCUCGGUUUGCUCUGCGACAUGAAGCGACUCUGCCUUAUGAACCCGUCUUCAUGUGUGUGUGUCAGAGCAAGUCGCACGUCUUCAGUUACACAUACUUUCAGGUCACCACACACAGUCAGUAAACACCCAUUUUUAUAAGCUUGUCUGCUGGCAUCACGCAAAUUAUGUAACUUGUAUGGAUGACAGGACAUGAAAGCACAUUUAAAAGUAAAAAAGAAAACCCACAUAUAUUCAUUAAAUAGCAUUAAUACUAUCCAUGUGAGCAGGGGUGUGUCCAGAAAGCUGGUCAGAGGUGGCAUGGACCCUCCUUUGAUAUGUGAUUGGCCCCCAAAUCCCAUCAGAUUUUACCUUGUCUGGCACUCAAAUUAAAAUCAACUAUUUUGGGCCAUGUUGUUGCCCAGGGCUUUUUUUUUUUUUUUUUUUACACUUUCAUAUUGGACAUUUAGUUGUACAAUUUUUAAAUUCUGACUUUUCUAUAUAUUUUAUUUAAUUUUUCAUUUAUUUAUUAUUAUUUUUUAUUUAUAUUUAUUAUUUUUUGUAAUCUAAUAUUUUCUUUUUAUUGCAAAUUUGGGUCAGAAUAAAAUCUGUUUUGAUGAUUUUUUUUUUUUUUUUUACAAAAUAAAAAAGGAAAAAUUAAGGAAAGAAAUACCCACACACCCUAACCCCACUAUAUAGUGCAGUAUGAUCCAAAAAAAUAGUGAUUCUGCCCGAGCUGUAGAUAAUUCAAGAUACACAAUGUCUAAAAAUGUAAGAGCCCAUUGGCGCAAUGAUAACGUAUGAGGAGGUUUCCAGCAUCUUCUUAGCUUCUGUUAGCCCAGAGAAAAGAACACGUUUCUGCGCUGUCUUCAAGUGAAGUUCAGAUACAUUGUCCAACAGUAACACUGGUGGGAAAAGGGGGAUGACAGACUCCAAAAGAGCUUAGAGUUUUUUCGCAACCAAAGACCAGAAGUUUGUCACCUCGGGACACUCCCGCAUCAUAUCAUAUGGCUUUUCUAUUUUAAAAGGGGCACAGCAGGUUAAAACAUCUAUAAGAAACUAGGCUACACAAACAAGGCAGAUACUUUUUCACCUCUACAUUCUCAGGGUUGCUGGGAUGGAGGGUAUCUAAAGUACAUAUAAGCAAGAACAGUGUGUCUUUCUGUAUGUCAAAACUUUACUGAAGAAAGAGAGAGAAAAGCUGCAUCUGUGUAAACAUGCAUUAAAAAAGCCCCCUCCUGAAUCUGUCAUUGGUGCAGUUUGGCCACCCCAGACAAAAAGUGGACACACCCCUGCAUGUGAGGGCAACUUCUGGAUGCAGUAGUCAUUCCUGAAACCUUUAUGUCUAAACAUGACACUGUAAAGCAUUUUUCAGCCCUAAUCUGAUUAUAAAUGCAGUUUUUAAACCCUCACUCAAGUUUCUCUAACCCUUACACCAAAUUCUGUCUAGAUAAUAACAAACCCAGAAUGGAUACAAAAGGUUGUAGAGUUUAUUUUGGUGCGGACACUUUCAGUAAAGUUCUUCAAAACAUGAAGAUAUGAGGGAGUUUUAAAUUGCAAUGCAAAGAAUUAAAGAGUGCAUGUUGCAGAUUUGUUAGUUGUGUGUUUGUCUUUGGCAGGAGAAGAGAAAAAGCGCUCCUCCCCUCCCCCUCCUCCAGUCCAUCCAGUAAGAGUCACAUAAAGUCCAGUCUUUAUUGAUCGCUCUGGAGCCAGAUGGCAGAUUUAUAGGAGAUGAAAGUGAGGGGGACUAAUCAGAUUUCCAGUCGUGUUUGGGGCUAAAGUUUCCUCGUUCCUUCACACUUUUCCCGCUACACAGAGCGUAACCCUAAACAGCACUCCAAACAGGAAAUUACAGAAAGGCCUGGCACCCCUUAGUGGGUGGAUGUGUUAAGGUCAAAAGAGCGGUGUGGAGGUGUUCGCUUGGCAUUAGCAAGAGUAAAAGAAAUAACAGGUAGUAAAACUUUGUGUUUGUAGUCUGUUGGACAAAAAAGAAGCCAGAAUAAAAUGAACACCCUUUUCCUCAACUUGUUUUUAACAAGUUCACCAGGUUUUCAUGAGCCAUGGAUGACUAGAGUAUCAAGAUAGUUGUUAGUUGGAGAGUUAUGCUUCCUACCAGUUGGUGAAUUUCUUCUUACAGCUUAUUGCAAAUCCUUGAGUUUCUCUGAGGUUCAUCUUUUCUAGUCCUUGAGUUUAUAUCCUGUCUACUCUCAGACUUGUUUCUGGUCUCUUACAAGUCCUAAAGUUUUACCUACCUAUCUCUACGCAGGUUACUCUUAUCCAUCCCUUUGCUAAUACACAAGCAGGUCUUUUACGACUCCUUACUGUCCCUAAACUUCAUCUUGUCAGUCUGAUUCUUGACUCGCCCUUUCCAAAUCUUCAAGUUUUCUUUGCCAGUCUUGAUCAGUCUAAGCAUCUAUCUUUCUCUACCUCUUGCUACUUAUCACCCGAGACCUACUUUUGAACAGCCUCUAACGAAACCUGAAGUUUAUGUUUUCAAUCCUCAUUCCAGUAUCAGAGAUACUCUUGUUACUCACCUGUUGCUAAUCCCUGAAUUCGUUCUUUCUUACUCUGAGUUUCCUCACUUAAUUCCAGAUACAAUACACAAAUAACACUUUCAUUUGUAUCUUACAAAUACAGCUAACUGUUCAGAGUCCUAAAGUCCUGUCUUUACCUUCAAUAUGGCUGCUGGAUUUGUUUUUGUCCACAUCCCUUAAAAAAGUCUUUGGACCUUCUUAUGAUAUUCUUCAAACUGUGGCAAAGAAACGCAGAUAAUAAAUGCAUUUUUUUGCCUUUGCUUGAAUGUGACUAUAAACAUAUAUAUAUGUGUGUGUGUGUGUAAUAGGGUGGUGCAGCCCUCAGAGGCAAUAACAAAAGGACCAAAUGAGAGUUGUGUCCAUGUUUCAGGAGUGAGUGAUGACUUUGGCAGGGACGCAGCAGAUAAAACACUUUCAAGUGAGCGAAAGGGCCUGAACUAAAGGCAAACAGCUGUGCCUCACUCUCGCUCUCCUCCACUCACUCUCAACCUCGCUCAGCCUAUCUCUAACUCUUCUUCCCCUCUGUAUGGAUCUUCAUUUAAUCUCACCGUCUGUUGGCUUAAUAUCACCAAUUAACCCUUUUUUUCCUCCUCUCCUCUCUUUCUCUGUUCUCGCCUCUCUUCCUUCUCCUCUUUGUUCUCUCUUUUCUUGAGUUUUACUCCCUCUCUCCUCCCUGUAUUUUUAGUUCCUCUAUUUUUACUACACUGCAUACAUUUUUGGCUGGUGCUUUGAGGACUUGUUUUUUAAAAGGAGGGUAAAAGUCAGUCUCUCUCUCUCUCUUUCUUCUCUCUCCCUGCUGUUUAAUGGGUGGGACGCCCCAGCGUACCCAAACUCACACACAGCAUCAUCAAAUAUUAUGGCUGCCCUUAAUUGAAACUAUGCAGCUGAGUGUGUGUGUGUGUGUGUGACUGCAUAUGGAAUAUUUUAUGCUGCUCUUGUUCGAAAUUUCAGGCGCAAUGAAGAAACAACAGAUGAGUUGAAAAAGGCCGUGUUGUGGCAACGUGGCCGAGUGUUUGGAGUUUGUUUUCCUGCGGAGUGAAGGACAGCAGAGGCGCUCGGCUUUUCUCGAAUCCAAACAGCUUUUAUAAUGACCCAUUCAACCCUGAAGUAACCUCAGAGACUCAAUGAGUUUACAAAACAGAGAAGCGACGAGGGAACAUUUGUCCCAGAGUUUGAUUUGAACCGCUGUGGAGUAAAAACGUGAAGAGCAGGAGAGGUGUCGUGUGUGCAAAAUGCAAAAAAAAAAAAAAAUUGUUGCAGGUUUUUAAAUUUCAUAAAUAUAGUAUGGUGGAUAGACAUGUGGCAAAGGACCCUGGGUAAGCUCGAACCUGGGCUGAUUGUGUUCACAUUUCUAUUUGGACUGAUUGAGAAUGCAGGAGUGAGAUUAACCUGAUCAACGUGAAGAGGAACUCCUCGUCCCUUUGACUUAAAUGAAUACGCCAAAGUAUUAGGACUUCAUUCAUGAUUUAUUCGUCUUUUGAAGAUUUUAAGCAAAAAGUUUGUGUCAUGAGGUUCAGUCACAAUCUAAUUCAAAUAAAGUUGUUGUAAAGUCAUAAUAUUAGGAGAAUAAAAUCAUCAUGGUCUGACAAUAAAGUGGUGAUAAAUUUGUAGUUUUGGUUUUGGCUGAGCAGCCAUCUGUCUGUACCAAAAUGAAGAAAUUGAAGAAAGCUUCCUGUCAAGUUGUCCCUAAUGUUUUGGCACCUCAGCACCACAUUGUUAUAAGUAUCAGGACUUCAGACUUGGCAAAAAGCUGAGAUGAGGUUUUCCCCUUCAAAACAACAUUAUAUGACGAACUGUUGACUUUGUCCUCGUAUCAUAGUGUCUUUUUACUCAUAACAUAAUAGUUAUAAUUCUAAAAUAUAACUUUUUCUCAAAACAAAAUCACUUUAUCUCAGAAAAUAAUGUUGCAUCCUCCUAAUAAAGUGAGUUUAAUACCACAACAUAACUUUAUUCUCACAACAUGACGACUCUAAUCUUGUAACAUAGCAGUUUUAUUCUUUUAACAUACGGAUUAUAAUCUUGCAACAUGAUGACUUUAACCUUAAAAUACAACAACUUUAAUCUCAAAUAAAAAGUCAGUCUAAAUGAAUCCUGUAACACUGAAUGAAGGACAUUUCUAAUCUCUUUAAAUCCGGAGAGGCACUACAUUGUGAUAUUGAAGUGUAUUUUGGUUUUGACUUUUGCUGCCUCACCGACAACUUCCUGUAUGUUGUACAAAAAGCAGCAGAGCACACUGGCUUCAAAAAUAAUCUUGGAACCCACUGACUACUUUCAUUUGAUGUUAAUCCAGUUUAUAGUUAAUCUCUGUGGACAGAUAUUUGCAAGUUUAUGCAGAUUACAGUCUGGUCAUUGUUGUUCUGUCAACACCAACGCUUUUCUCACGUCUCUCCAGUUGCUACUUCGCUGUUAAAAAAGCGACCAGAACACAGAUUUCACUUAUCAGUCAUUAAAAUAUCUUAUAACUUUGCUGACAGCUCAGAAAAAUAUCUUAUUACAGCACCAGAGGCAAAACUGGUGUCAGAUGAAAGCUGUUGGGUGAAAGAUGGGCAGGUUUGAACCUUUUUCUUCUUGUCAAAUCCUCGAACAAUCGUUGAAUACUGAUUUAAAAAAAAAAAGCAUGUUGAGGCCAAGUUUGCAAAACCAAAUUAAACUUGUCAACACUUAAAAAAAAAAGUUUUCAAUCUGCCAAAUUCCUUUAAAGCAUAUAUAUAAAAAAGUCUCAUCCGUCUUCUCUGUGAAUCUAUGAUGCAUAUUUCCACCAUGAAGAAAAUAUGCAGAAAAGGUCCAAUGUGACGGGUUUUUUAAACUUAAGUGAGGCUUGACCUUUGACUCUUAAUCCAUGUUAUCGUUAAACAUCAUAACCAGAAAAUGUUAAAGUCCCUCUCUUUAGUUUUUCUUCUGCUCUAACAGUUUCCCUGUCUCGUCUUCCAGGUACGUGUAUCACAGCUCCAAGUGGAUGGUGGCAGGAAACGCCGAUUCCCCCGUCCCUCCCCGGGCGUACAUCCAUCCGGACUCUCUGGCCUCAGGAGACACCUGGAUGAGACAGGUGGUCAGUUUCGACAAGCUCAAACUCACCAACAACGAGCUGGAUGAUCAGGGACACGUAAGACACCUUUACUCUUUAUCCUUCACGCUGCUGAAUGUUGGUACAGACACAUUUUGACUCAUGAAACAUUGAUUUCGCACAUACAGUAGAUAUUUUGUGCACACAGUUUGUUAUGAGAGAAUUCAGCAUGUGUUGUUCAGUGUAGAAAUUGUGAUUGAUGAAGUUAGGAUGGCAAUUAAAGGGCAUGAAAGAAGAAAUUCAUAACAAACCCCAAACUUUUCCUCCGGAGACUGACGCUCCCGUCCCUUACGAACAGUAAAGUCAGUAUGAUGUCUUUGUUUUGGUGUUUGAGGGGUUUAUGUGCUAAAUUCAGAAGACAAAUGAGACUUCAGCAGAGACUAUCCAGCUAAAUAGUUUGGUUUGAAUGUUCAAGCUGUGAUUCAUUAGUUCUCCUUUGUGCUGUGCGUCCUCUCUUUGGUCCACUGUGGGGAAGUUUUUGGAUUGAAAUGUUUCUGAUGCGUUUCCUGGAGAGGAAAUUUGACACAGUUCUUCACGGACUUGAUGCUCUCAUGGAGCCGUGAGACUUGUUCUGAAUUGAUUUUCUGCAAAACCUGACGGUCCGCUGUGCCAAGCGCUGCCCUCCCACACUCUGGGCGUUUCAUUUUGAAGAUGGUCCAUCCUGCCUGAGUAUUAUUAGGUUUGAGGAUUACUGUGGAGAAAUAUUAGAGGCCUGGGAUUUGAACCUGCGCCCCUAUUUUAAUGUAUUUUAUUCAUUUCCUUCAUGGCUCUGUGAAACAUUUAUAAUGAAACGGUUUCGUUAAAGGCACUUAAUGAUUGGAUUUGAUUUGUAGUGCGCUCCAGCAGCCACACCACAGGGCUAAAUCUUAACUCUGACCACAAUCCGUCUGAUUUACAGCCUCGCUCGUAGCCAGUCGGUAACAGAGGUGGUGAGCUAAAGUGAGUCUCUUAUUGGUUCUUGGCUUCCCCUUAUGUCUAAUGUGGGUUUCAUAGGUGAAAUAUUUAACUGUAAUGCUACAAGUGAGACCACAAUUGGUCUGAUUUACAGCCUUCCCUUAUGUUUAAUCAGCGAGUGGGCAGCCCGCUGAAGUGAGUCCCUUAUUUGGACUUUUAAUGGCUUUCAUGGGAGAGGGACAUUUUCAGGUGGAAGAAACAUAGCGCUAGCUUUUUGUUGUAGACUUUGUUUGACCCUUAAUUAUAAACCUGCAAUGAAUUUUAAGUGAAUAAUCAUCUGAAGUGGUCUCGGAUUUUUAUGCAGUUCUGUACAGAAAUGGCCACUUUUGCUGUUUCAUGUUUUACUAUUUCCUUCUAUAUAUGGUUUCCUCUUUGUGUGGUGCAGUUUUAACCUGCAUUUGUGGUAACAGUGACCAAUAAACAAGUGAUUUGAGACCAUGUGGUAAUUUCCACUACAGAGCCCCUCACCUGAGGGCCUGAAGAUAGCAACCAUUUAGUAUUUGGUUUCAGCUUUGUCACUUUUAUGCAAAGAUUUCUCCAGAUUAUUUGAAUCUUUACUGUAGAUGUUGAAACUGUGAGCAUAAAACAUCCUACAUUUCUGUACACCAAUAGUAUAUUUUACUUCCAAUAAUUGCUGGGUUGCUUUUGCAGUAUUUUUGAAGCACUAUUGAGGUUCAGUGAUUUGCAAACCAUCAGAAUCUGUUUUAUUAAAUCAACAUUUUCCAACUAUUUGGGAGUUGGGGUUGCUCUUUAUUUUUAAAGGCUGGUGGAGACCAAAUCUGAGCAAAAACAUUUCAGAUCUAAAUCAGUAGAUGGAAAAAAACGGCACCAAUUCAAUGCAGCUGUUUAAAAUCUUACAUAUUUGGAGUUUUGUCUCUAAAGGUUGUUUCAUUGUUUCUGCCCCUAUGUGGUCAGAAAAUUAUUAAUAAAGCUUUAACGAUCAUUGCAAAACCCAUGUUAGCUUAAAUCUAGUUAUUCUAACAAAUCGCUGCAGCUCUGCUGGGUUUAAAAUAUGUGGUAAUGAUGAGAGGAUAAUGAAAACAAAAUGUGCUCUACCAAAGUGCCACUAAGUACUUCAUCUCAAAUCGUCCGUUCAAAAGAAAUCAACAUUUAAAGCCCAUAAAAAACUAGCAAACAACAACUUUAGAAUGAGAACCACCCUCGUAAAUUGAAGCUCUUUUGUUCAAUCUUUGGUUUGAAGCGUCCAAGAGCUUUCAGGAUUUACAUGAAUUGAGUUGAGGCAGAGUCAUAGCAGAUGAUCGUCUUUCCUUUUCGAAUCACAUAAUCUGAGUGUUGAAUCAGAGGGAGAUGGCUCGGUGCCUCCUGUUGGGACUGUCAGAGUGUUUCAGAGGAGACUGAUUUGAUCGCUGCGGUCCGGGAAACCGAUGAAGGAUCCUUGAGGAGCUGUUACAAAUCGAUCUGUGCACAGAGUUUACCAUUACUGCAGAGAUGCCAGGUGGUGCAGGGUGUUUUUUGGAGAUGGAUCCAGAAACGACAGUGUCCAGCUCGGUGAAGCUGCUGGCGGCAGGUUAAAGCUCUGUCAUGUCUCAGCUCUGCAGAUGAUUACAUCAACACACAGGCGUCAAAUACAAUAACAUGCAGGUGUUAGUGGGGGGGGACUUUCUUUCUCCUCUUUCCUCUCCGUCUUUGAGGGUUUUGUUUUCAUGGUGGGUGUUUUGAGGCUGAUGGAAAUUAAUUUUGGAGCUUGUAUGGAAGGAAGCACCACAUCUUACCUCCUGACAUGUGGUGUCAUAAAAUGUCUCCUUUAUUAGAAACAGACGCCAUAAUGCCAUGAUUUAUUAGAUGUCAGGGUGCACUACAGAAGCAGUCUGUGGGGAAAAAAAACAAUAUCCAGUACAUCUUAGGUGGCACAUAAAGUGGUAAACAAGUUAAUCUGGUUUAUAACUUAAUAAUUAGACAUCUGGUCACACUUUUGACUGCAGUCAUGCAAAAUAAAACUCUUUAAAAGCAGCUGCACAAGUAUGCUUUAAUAUGUUUACAGCAUUCAUUUGAAAGGAAAUCAUGAAAAUAAUAAAAAAAUAAUAAAAAAAUCACAGCGGUCUUUUAAGGCCUUCUCUGUAUGACUUCCCCAACAAAUCAGAAACAGAAAUUAUUUCUCUAAUACUUAAUACUCAUGACUAAUUCAUCAGUGAUUGUAUUUACAAUAAUGAAAGACAAGUUUAUUUAAGUAAGGCAUGUUGACAAUGAGGCUUUUCAAAAUACGUGACUCAAGACGUCCAAAGAUCCGUCACAAAAAAGGCCAGAAAAAGUCAAAAGAGGAUGUGUUGAAAUCAUUAAUACAAGCCAAAUCACAGAGGAAAUGAAAAACAGCAAAAACAAAUUCUGUUUUUGUUUCAUAACCAGUCAAAAACUCCCUACAGGAGCUUUAAUGUAAAAAAAACUCUGUAUCUCUGCUCACUUUUCUUAUGGAGGAGUAUUUGUACACUGUGUUGAUCAGCUUCAUCCCCAUCUGGAUCAAAAACCACAAACUGGUCUGGGUUAUAGAUUAACUUGUCAAAACGUGGAUGAAAAACAAGAGGUUUUGUGUUUUAUUUCACUGCUGAAGACGCUGAAAAAAAAAACAGGUUAUUGUCUUUUGGAGACCUGGUUGCCUGUUUGGACUCAUUAAGCCUCGGAGUCUGUCUUAGAUCUGCUCACAUGGUCAGUCCUCCCUGUCCUCCACAUCCUCUCCGUCUUCUCUGGUCUCUGGGAAAACCCAAUAAAAACUCUGGAGUGUUCUGGAGCAGCCAAAUAAUUUCUGCUUUGGUUUCUCUUUUGUUGCUUUGUUGUUAAUGAUCCGUCGCUCUGGAGGAAACUGUUGCUGUUGUGUAAAAUCGUUCAGAACAAAAAGAUUUCUGCUUUAAACAUUCGCUGUUUUUAUUUGAUGUCCUGCAGCAACUUUGGCUUCUGAAAGUUUCCCACAUGAGGCUGAUGAUUUGGUGUGUAUUUUUUUUUUCUCUGCUUACGUUGAGUCAGCGCUCAUUAAAGUGGGAAAGUCCUCAUCGAGGUGUAAUUUCCCAGGUGAAAUAUUAACGCUAAUUCAAUAAGCUACAGCAGUUAAAGUCUGUGUGGUUUACUGAAUUUAUUAGUAUGUUUUCAAGCUCUUUAAAAUGGUUUUUAAAAAUGUUUCAUAAUCAGUCCAGGCCUCCCUGUUUGUGUAAAAUUUGUUCCUCAAACUAAAGUUGACAUAAUUUGGCUUCAGAGAGAAACACCAAACAUCUGUCUCCGUAUGUGCAGGAUGUGUUUGCGUCUCUUGGGUGUGAAUGUCCAAAUGAUUUUCAAAGGGGAUAAAAAGGACGUCAUUACAGACCGUGAAAAUGAAAACAUGACUUAUUUAGCCUGAUUAUAUCUGAGUGUGAACAGCGCUCAGCUGAUGUCCUCUGGCUGCACCCUCAGUCGUUUCUUCUGAGAUCAGUGCGUCCGUGUGUGAUUCGCUUUGACGUUAUAUCAGGAUGACCAGGGACGAAAAGAACGAGUCCUCUGGGUCAUAAUACAGCUGCGUGUGUGUGUGAGAGAAACAGACUCAUUAUUACCAAAACACGACAGCAGUUCAAUCUGUAUCCGUGUGAUAAAAACUUUUCUGUUUGCUGUUCUGAGACCAGAUGACUUUUUGUUUUUCUCUGGAAAAAUUCAUCUGUUGCAAAAAGUGAUUUAAAAAGAUUUAAAAGACUGUUUUUUAGGAGUUUUCCCGAUUAAUCCAGCUGAUAAAUCACAUUUUGAAACACUCUGCAUUAUAUUACCAAUCUAUACUCGUUUUUCAUACAGUAGAAAAGAUAUAAUGUUUAGAAAAAGACACUCCCAUCAUUAUCCCUCAUUUAAAGCAGCGAAAUGAACAGUGAAGAAAAAGCCUCUGAAAGGCUCUUUAUUAAGUCUUUGAUUCUUCUGCCCAAAACGCUGUUAUAACAGUUUAAAAAAACAUCUUAAAACAAAAAUUAAGAAAAAUCCCUUUGCCAAAACUUGUGCCGAGACAUGCCGUCAGAAAGCAUUGUUCCUUCAACAAAAACAACUUUUUUAGGCAAACCCGAGAAAACUUCAGGCAACUUUAGGCAACUCCAAACUUUUUCAAUUUGCAUUUAGACUCCAUUUGCAAAAUGUUUUAGAGCAGAUUUUCAUCUCAUGACCCCAAAACAACUUUGCUGGAGAACGGUGACCCCCACAAUCCAAUACAUGUGAGCACUAAUGGGCCAAUGUCAAGCCAAUGUCAAUGAACCUCUUGCUACUGAAGCGAAGUAUUUCUGACUCUUAAAUUAAAGACAAUAAUUGGGAUUGUGAUGAAAGACCUACUGUAACCUAAAGUAAAGCUGUUCAAUUGAUGAAAAAGCCCUGACACUGUUUUUUUAAAGCAUGCUUUUUCAACCAAGUUAAUUUCUUCAAUUUACAAGUCCAGACGCUGAGUUACUGCGAAUUAACCCUCCUCCUGUGUUAGGGUCUGCACCGACCCGUUUUUGAUUUUAAAUGCUUAAAAGAACCACUUAAAUUAGGUUUUUUUGCAUCAAGACUUUUUGACUUUGUCAGGAACCUCUUUAUCAACAAAAUAAAAAUGAAAAAAUUAAAUUGACCCGGUUAGAUCAAUACCUAAUAAUUAGAGCAAAAACUGAAAUCAUAAGUGCACUGUCAGACACCACACUGACAGUCAGGUCCUCUUCUUAUCGUGAGAUUUAGGAAAUUCUCAUUUUGCCAUGUUUUUUCCUGCACAAAAAACGUCAGGCAUGUCCAGACAUCUGAGAUCAGUUCAGUAAAGAUGUCUAUAUGAGGGGUAUACUGACAAAGAAAGGCCCAGAGGACCACAACAAAAACUAUGAUAAGCAAUAAUUUUCAUGGACAAUGAAGCCUAACAAGGUAAACUAGAGAUGAGAACAAAAUUGGAUGAUAGAGAAAUGUUUUUAGUGUAAUUUACAGCUGAUUUAAGACACGGGUCAAAACCGACCCUGAACAUGGAUGGUGCGUAGUGAAAGCUAACACAGGAGGAAGGAUAAAGUAAAUAAAAAAACACACGAUUUUUAGAUGACAGCAUGUAUCUUUGAGCAGCUGCAGCCCAGUUAUACUAAGUGUACGAGGUUUCUGAUGAAGGGAUGCACGGUCUGCACAGUUUCAUGUAUUGUUUCAGACUCUGAGCUGUUCUCCCUCUAGCCCUGGUUUGAAAUGACCUCUUCUGAAGCCGAGUGAAGCAGGGAGUUUUCAGUGUUUGGCUCUGGGAGGGUUUUUUUUUUUCACUCCCAGAUUAAUCAGGAGCAGACCGAAGCCCUGAGGCGAGGCUGGGGCCGACGCCGUCUGACGCCUCGGUUCUGCUGUGAAAUAAUCCUCGGCCCUCCACUGAGCACCAUCGCAGUGUGACCUCCCGCUUUGUGUCACUCAGUCCUGAUUCAAUAUCAAGUGAGCUCGAUGAUGUUGACAAGAAAAAGGAUGACUUUUAAUCUACAUACAAAUUUAUUAUGAACAGAGACGCUGAAACAAUAAAGAAACAUCAUCCAUAAUUACAACGCAGAUAAAUCCCAGAGAAGAAAGGGAUCUCGUUUAGUCAGGAUUCCGCCAGUGGUUGUUAAAGAUCCUCACUGUGCCUCACCAGUCCAGGAAAAAUGAUUAUCGGCACUUUUUAUGAGUUUUCUGCUUGUUUCUAUUUACAACAAGUAAAAGCAGAUUUGCACAAAUUGGGAGUGUUUGAUUUCGCCUGCGAUAAAAACACAUCGAAAAGGAAUAAAGAAAGUGAUGACAGAGCAAAUGUUCCCACUUUGCAAGAUAUUUCUCAUCCUUUUGCUUCUUUUCCGAAGAUGUUCAGAAAGCAUAAAAAAACCCACACACAGUUGCAACCUCUGACUUUGUCGAGCCUCUGAUGUGGAUAAAGUUAUCCUCACAAAUCUUACUAAUCACUCCCUUUGCUGUUUUAUUCUCAGAUCAUCCUCCACUCCAUGCACAAGUAUCAGCCUCGUGUUCACGUCAUCAGGAAGGACUUCAGCAGCGAACUGUCCCCAAACAAGCCCGUGCCCAGUGGCGAGGGAGUCAAGACCUUCAGCUUCCCUGAGACCGUCUUCACCACCGUCACCGCCUACCAGAACCAGCAGGUGUGCAGCUGUAACUCUGAGAUUAUUUAUCCAUGUAUUCUGCAGGAUGGAUGCAAAUUUAAAAAAUCUCUCCAGAUGAUUGCAUCAGCUUGAAGAUUUUUACACAGCAUGCAUUUUCUCUGCAAAAGUACUUAAGUUAAAAAAAAAAAACUCUUCAAACCACAUGUUUCUGACCCAAAAUAAUUGAAUUCAGAGGAACUACAAGAAUUUUUAAAGGCUGAGUCAAACAAAUGAAUCCAUUGUUGUUGUCAAAACUUUCCCUUUCAGUUUUUACUUCUUUCAUAAUCGAAUUCAUUAAACUUGCAGUAAAAUGCAAACAAUUUUAAAACAUUUUAUUUUUAAAACCAGUUGGAAAAUCAAGCUUUUUAGAGCUUUUAAGUGCCGCUCAUGUUGAAGAAACAAAAAGAAGACAUGAGUAUUUUGUUAUGAAACAGCACAGGAGUGUCAGUUUCCACUUUUAGAGCUGUAAAUUCACUUCAAUCUGCAAUAAUCACCAAUAAUGUCCCCUCUGUCAUGUCUUUUCUGUCUGCAGAUUACCCGACUAAAGAUUGACCGCAACCCGUUCGCCAAAGGCUUCAGGGACUCUGGCAGAAACAGGUUCGUCCUCGCAGCAUCUGUUUACUGACUGAGCAGCAGAACAAUUCAGCCUGUUGCUGUUUUUUUUUUAAUGCCACCCCACAAAAAUUCUUUUUUUUUUAUUCUGCUCUCUUUAAUAUGGAAAUAAUCCUCUGAAGAUUUGCACUUAGCUCCAGAUGCUGCUCCUUAUAAAAACAGCUGCUUUGUCUGUUGCCAAGAGGAAAGCCUUGAAAUCUGCAGCACAGACACACACAGAGUCAGUGCUGGAUGGAGAUGGAGUCACUCGAGCGCCCAAAAACACCUGUAUUUAUUCCUCAACAAAAGCCUACAAAACUUAAAAUACUAAUACAUCAUGCUGAUAGAUCAAGUAGCAAGUCCUUAAAAUGAUAUUCAUAAAAUUACGUUAUAAAAUGAAGCCAAUCUGGAGGAGCAAUAAACCACAGCGUCUCGAGUGUCCACUUACGGCUCGCUUGGCAAAAGCACUUGCAGCUCUGCUCAAACCCGAGUAAAAAUGCCCCCUUUUACUGCAGAAAUAAAUAUGUUUGGUCUCUGCGCAAGGGAUGUUCCAAAGUGCAGAUUUCCUCUUUGUUUAUGCCCAGAUUUAUAUUCUAAAGUCAAAAUAUGAGAAAAAUCAAAUUUGAGCAUGGUUUAUCACACAGUUUAACACGCGAAUCCAUGAGUACACGACCUCUAAUUGGCUAGGUGUGGCUAACAGUAGCAGAGCUAGCACCACCAACCUUUAGACUUCCCUGCAGUUUAACAUCCAUAUGUGUGCGCUAGUUACAUGUUGUAGGGCUGUGUUGAGUUAACAAGACACAGUAUACCUACAACUUAAUCUUAAUUCUCAAAAUACAGGAAAGACACAACAUGCUAUGAGAUAGCAUCUGCUAAUUUAGCGGUAGAGCAUUUGUCAUAUACUGGAACUACAGCGUUGGAGCCUAAAUACACCUUGAAUGCAAUGAUUGACUGAAAUGCAUCAGCUCAUGUCAACACAAAUACCACAGUGGUCUACUCUAGAGAGUGACGUCAUCGUAGACAUGUGACUGCAAGUGGUGUACAAUAUAAGAUCAGACAUGUUUAGGCACAAUUAGGGGUCAUGGCUGAUCCGACUGACAGGUGGGUUUACUGAACCUCCUUGCAAGGUGGCAAGGUUCUAAAAGAGGCUCUUCGACUGUUUCCUGUUUAGAAGAAAGUUAGAGUCAGCAUUUCUGAUAUAGUGACUGCCGUUGUUUGGCUCCACCCUUCUUCAGAAACCAGUGGGUUACAUCCAUAGACUGUAUGUAGAAUGGACGCCGUCUGCCUCCUCGCUGGGUAAAGCCACUCCGAGAACAGCACCCUCUGGGGACGGGCUGCAGUAUAGGUCAUAAAUCCCGCCUCCUCCAGCAAUCCCUAUGGAGCUGUGGACAAACUUUAGAAAUAAAUUACACAGAAUAUAAAUUUUUCCCCCCCUUGUUGCGAUGUUGACAUGUAGUUAUUGUCAAACUGUUUUGUGUUCAAGUCCUUUUUUUUCUCUACAGCUCCAUGUUUAAAAGUUAUUAGGAGGUUUAUGUUUUCUAUGAUUGACACUUGAUACAGCCUAUGGGUGUAAGAGGAUUGUGUGGGAUACGAUGUUUUAGCCGAGCGUCAUCACAGCGACUUUGACGACUCUCCCGCCGAAUGUGACAACGCUACUGCGCAAUGUUGGUUUGAGGAAAUGAAAAAAGGUCGUAGAAAUACUGAGAGCUUUUUGGCUUCAAAUCUGUAUACUGGCGGGUGGCAGAACCAAGUUGUCCACAGUAUAAACAGUCUAUGGUUACAUCCAUGUUGAUACGGUCUAACAUGCAGAUACGGACAGGUGUUGCACUGUUUUCUGUGACCAAAGCACACACACACACACUGAAAUGUCAGAGGCCUGUGUUGCUCUCCCAGAUGUUGCGUCAUUCCCCGGUUAUAUAAUUCAGUAGUUUUGGUUUUUGUAGGAGCGAAGAGCCCUCGCUGUGUUGUCUUUUCUCGUCUUGUCACUAUCACUGUCUUUCUUUCUCUCCUUCUUUCCUCUCUCUCUCUGUGUCUGAAUUAUCAUAUAUAACAUUCGUGGAUGGAGGAGGAAGAGGAGGGGGCUGUACUGAACCACCAGACCCCUCCGCACAUGAAAGCAGCCCCCUCAUCUGGUCCGCAUUAUUGGCACACAGAUAUUUGAGACAUCUUUUUUCGUUUUUCAAACAAUAGACUGUUUGAUUUACGAACUGGCGUUAGAAUUUCAUUGCAGAAACGCUACAGAUGAAAAGAUAACGUGGGAUGAGAUAUUUGUUCUGAGAGACAGAUAGAGAGAGAGAGAGAGAAUGAAUUUAUCCUCACGUCCUGACCGGGAUUCCUCUCCUGCUGGCCUGCUGGGAUUCGUUUUGUACAGAUUUAAAUUGGAGCUGUAGAAAAUGCAGAGUGUGAGCUCAGUCUCUGUCACCUCAGAAAAGGCUUUUUUUUUUUUUUUUUUUACAGUGUGUGCGGAGCUGCUGUAGCUCUUUGAUCAGCCGAGAAUACUGUCAAUGAGCUGCAGCUCUGACCUUUGACCUUCCUCCUGCUGUUUUGCAUAAUUACAGUGAUUCAGGAGUUAAAAUAAUCACAGAAGAGAGUCAGAUACAGAGUCUGAUAAGAUAUUCAUGACAUUUCAGAAGCUUUUUUUCUUUUCAUUAUAGGCUUUGUUUAGAAGUUUUUGUUCAACAGCUCGAGGGUUUUAUUGUUUGUUCUCUUGCAUGUUGCAUUAUCAAAAUUUAAGUCAUGUUUUGAAGAUUUUAACAGUGAUCAGCAUCAACUGGAAUGAUGAUCUAAAAUGAUCACUAUCCUGCCAAAUACGCAACAAAAAAGUAGCACGUAACUAUAAGAAUAAAUUCAAACUUAAAGGUAUAUUUCAGUAUUUUUAAACACAGGGGAUCCGGCUCACAAGCUAGGCUGCACUUUCCUGCAGACAGGAAUAACUUCGCUAAUUUUUAGAGACUGAUCCAGUUUUAACAGACUCCAAUUAGAGAGUUUUUCAGCACCUUGCCUGUUUGUGUUUGCACUUUUUUCAGCUUCAACAUACAUACAAAAACACUUCUGCACUUGACAUGAUCAGUAAUCCAGUCUAUGAUGUUUGAGUCACUGAUAUAUUUUGAAUUUUCAAUCAAUUUUCACCUCAGCUUUGCAUAAUGUAAAGCACAGAAUCUCCUGGCAGACACAGUAAUGUGUGUAAAGUUUGUUAUUUCAACUCAGUAUUCCCCUUGAGCAGCUAACACGGUGUAUUUUGAGGAGGUAAAAUAUCAUGUUGACAAUGGGUUAUGUCAUCAUACUAUACAUAAAUGAUGACAGCUGAAAACUUACCUUGAUUCCCAAAAAGUCGAGGUCUUCUCUAAAAUUCUAGUUUACAAUCAGUGGAAACUUCCCCACAGAUGCUUGACUAUGUCUUUCUUUCUUUCUUUCUUGUCGCAUGUUGUUUUUGCAACUUUUUGCAGACACUGUUUGAGAAUGAAGCGAUAGGAAAAUGCUAAAUUAGCCUUUCUUUGUGGUAAAGUUGUAGAAAAUUCACGACUUGCUCCUUUUAUGCACCCGAUUUAUCCAGAAAGGGGAUAAAAGUGUACAGCUGUGUGCAGCUAAAAGAGCUGGAAAAAAAGGAGCUGCAAACAUUGAAACCAGGUGUGACAUCUUUUGUUUUUGUUGCUCCGCCACGCGCGUCUUAUAAACAUGACUCAGUUUAUAUUAUUAUCGGAUAUGAGCGACAUUAACAGUCUUCAAAAACCCCAACAUGCAGCUCUGUGGAGUGUAGAAGUAAAGCUGUGGAACAUUACUGACUAAUUCCACAUUGAGGGGAAAUUCAAGAUUAAAAUAAAGGGCAAACCCGCUCUGCUAAUUCUCAAAUUAAGCACCAGCUUGUUUUCCUUUUUCUGACUUUAAUGGCGCCUUAAAAAUAGACGUGUCGCAGGCUCUAAGUCAUGGUGCAGUCGUCGCCUCUGUCUGCUGACUGGGCUUUAUAACCAGGCGGAGGGAUACAGCUCAUUUGUUGGGUUUUGGUCCCGUAGCAGUGUGAUUGUAUGAAUGAGAGCAGUGAUGGCGAGGGCCUGGACGAUUAGCACGGCGCACUAACGAGCUGCCACGGCCGGGGGAGUCAGCGGCCCUAAAAUAACAUGGUGAGCGGUGACGGGGGCCGAGAGGAGAAGUAAAUCAAGUAGGAAGGAGAACCGUGUACAGAUUCAAGAUGAAACGUCACCUAGAUUUAUGUGCACAGUUAAAAGCUGCUCCUUUUUAAUGGCUCUAGUUUCCUCUGAGCAGGAGUCCAGUUUCUCCCUCCCCUUCUCUCUUUCUUUCUUUCUUAGUCCUUCCACUUCUCUCUCUCUCUCUCUCUCUCUCUCUCUCUCUCUCUCUCUCUCUCUCUCUCUCUCUCUCUCUCUCUUUCUCUCUCUCUCUCAUUCAAACACAUGCACUCAGAUCACUUUCUUGUCUCUUCUUGUCUCUGAUAUAAUGAUUUACUUCAAAUUUUUAGCUCAUGUUUUCUCUGUUGUUCACCUCUUUGCCUUACAAUAAAAAGAAAUCUGUAAAUUUGACAAAUGAUAACAUAAUACAGCAAAACCAGAAUAGAAAUGACCAUCUACACUGUUUUGGAAGUAAGAUCAUGUCAUUAAAUUGACAUUUUUGUUGAAUUACAUUGUUGGUAAGUAUUUUAUAACAAUAGAAAUAGUCAGGUUGAAUGAAUUAGUCAGGCUGAAUCCUGACAAAUGUUUCCUCAUGGCUCCCACAAAAACAAAAGUGUGCUUUAAACAUUAAAGCUUCAUAUUUUUGUAAAAAAAAAAAAGUGGCAAUCGUAUGAUCCAACUUGUUUUAAAAUGGUGCAACAGCUUCAGGAAGAAACUGAGCAUUAAAACUGCUGUUUUCAGCAUUUUUCAACACUUUUUAUCAACUUAAAUAGUUUUUUCUCAAGUGCAAAAUAAAAAAAAGUUUCACACAAAGCAACAACAACAUGAAAAACAUCAAAUCAAAUCAGGUUACGCAGCUUUUGUUGUAAAAGAUGGCUUGUCUAUCAGAUAAACCAAAGUGAAUCAGGCUUGUGCAGAAGUUGAAAGAUUAUUCCGGAUCCAGAUACAAACAUGGGUCAGAGUUUUCAAAGAGGUUUUCAAAGACAAGAUGUCAAACUCAAAAAAACUAUAAAUAAUGACGAAAAUCAUCAACAUGCACACAGAGGUCAAUACUGACUCAUUUUCCAUCCAUGUGUGUCUAUGGUGUUUUUGGGCCGCUGACCUUGCAUGUGGUUAUCAGGGUUGCACAAUUCCGUCAGCAUAAUAUCAGUAUCAGCAGAUAAUCUCUUAAAAGAUAGCUAUCGGCAUCACCAGGUAUGAAAAUUUUGUUUGUAACACUAAACAUGCCUGUUUUUGUAUUUCUGUCAGGACUGGACUGGAGGCGAUCAUGGAGACUUACGCUUUCUGGAGACCUCCUGUGAGGACCCUGACGUUUGAAGAUUUCACCAACAUGCAGAAGCAGCAAGGUGUGUGAAAAACAAUCAUCUGUCUGUAGGGAGAGAAAACAUGUCAGUGUUCACAUGUUUCAUUUUCUUAAAUGCCUCAAAACAUUAGAAAACGGGAAACAAUCAAUCCUGGAACAUUUUAACACCAAUUGUUUAAGGUAUAAGGUGCUUUUUCAGGAUAAAAUGGCUUCUAUCUGCAAAAUCUUCACAGAACUUGUUCCAUUUUAGCAACUCAGACAGACAAGAGCCUAAUCAAUGACUUUCACAUUGCUGGAUGGCUGAAAAACUAAAGAAUAAAGAUUAUUUUCUAUUUUGUCAGUUAUUUAAAUCCUAAGCAGCCUCUUUACAGAGCCACCAAAUGAAACUUUCCAAGGGUUUUAAUGACUUUUUAUCGCAUUUCAUACCACUUAUUUUCAUGUAAGCGCGUCGACUUGUCAGCAUAAAACUCUUCUUCCAAGGAUUUAUUUACGCAUCAAUAUCAAAAAACAGCAGUUUUCCACAAAUAAAGUUACUUUGACUGUUUUUAAAGGUUAACAAUGUGGUAAAACAUUCAGUUACUGGAAAUUUAACAAUUUCCAAAACUCGCAGUGGUCUUAAUUUGUAAUCAUGACCUUGGUGUGUUCUGUCCCAGCCUGACCUCUCUCUCUGCAUAUUUUCCCUGCAUAUAUCACCCCACACUGCUUCAGCUCUGCUUGUCCUUCAUUUGAGCUUGGCCAUACACUGCUUCUCUGGCACGUCGUCCAGGAUCUACUGAACUUUUAACAUCGCUCGCAGCCCUUCAAAAUAAAACUGUUCAACAAAUUCUGUGGCUUUUGGACAGCACGGCGACACCAACCAGUGUCAGCCGGGGCCACCUCCUUUUAUCUCAGCUCCAGGACCGGUUCAUGGCUCCUAUCGAGGGCCACUGGUGCUCUACAGGAACCUUGUUUCCUCAAUGACUCUGUCUCGGUUACCUCAGCAGGUCAGCAUGACGUGAGGCUGCGACUUUGUCCGAGCAGGCGCACAUAUGUUUGUUAUCAUUAAACGCGUCCAGAGUAAUGAGGAUUUAAUCAAAGUCUGUGCGUCGCCAGUGAACCCUGUGUCACCCUGAAAGGACACGGCUCUACAUGUGUGGGACUCGACAGUACGCGUGUGUGCGUGUGUUUGCCCUCAAAGCACCGGGCGGCUUUUUUUCCUCCAAGUAAUCAACUCUUCUCCCCUGAGCUUCUCGUACUAAAGGAAAACAUGACAUCACCAAACUCUCAUCCUCCCUUUCUGUCUUUUUGUUCUCAUAUACCUCCACCUUGCUCUCUUUCUCCCCCUCCCUCGACCCUUUUUCUUUAUUCCCCCCCUCCUCUUCAUAAUUUCCCCUUCUCUUCUUCGUCUUUUUCUGCUGCCAUAUUAUCGAACGCAUAUGGUGCAAACCCAAAAACCCCAGCCAAGCAAGUCCUGGAUUAUUUAGUUCUGCCUCUUCCCCACAGUCGCGUCAAGCUGAAUUUCUCCAACAGCAAGAUGAACUCCGGCCAGAUUCUCAUUAAUCGAGAAAUAUGUGAUUGAUAUCCCACAGCUAUCAUUUCACUCUGAAAGGCUCGACUUUGAAGCGAUAUAAUCUGUGCCAACUUUGAUUUUUCUUCUCUGAUACAUAAACCCUGUUUUUCCCCUCUGGCUGAGUGUGUACAGUAUAUAUAAAAAUUCAGCUCUUUAUUUACGUACUGGCGAUCAGACAGAGGUUACAACUCAAUUGUCAAAUAUAGAUUUAAUGAUGUUGCGCACAUACAGAUUUGGAGGGAAAGGCUGCACAAAUAGUUUAAAGGUUAUGAUCCGAAACUAUUCAUAAAAUUUGCAACAUGCCGGUAAAAUGAGCAAAAAGCAGAAAUAUUCAAAAUGCCUUUUAUACACAGAGUAAAACUGAUGAUAACUACUUACUUCUUUGCAGUCUAGACAAAAUUCCCAUUAUAAUGUUUUCACACUGAGAGAACAGAGACUAAAACUUUUCCAGAGGUUAGAAGAAUUCAUUUGCUCAUUUUUUAACACUACAGAAAUACAUUUACAAAAUGUUUUAUUUUGAAAGCCGAGCUUCUACUGCCACACAAUAGAAAAUGGAAAGCUGCUGAGCCUACAUGAAAUAAACAACAUGUACUCAUGAGUAGGGUGACCAUAUUCUGACUUCUCAAAAAGACGACACGACUAUGCAGGGGUGGAGUCACGGAGUCGCACGAAGUCACACACAAUUUUGAGAGUUUUUCGGGUCAGAUCGAGUGUCUUUAUCAUGCUUCUCACUCAGUAAGUCCACGUGACUCAAACUUGAAACUUCUGUACAAAACAGCGAACAUUAAAAGGAUUUUAUAAACUUUCCCGGACAAAGACAGACAAACUCGGACAAACCCGGACAGCCCCCCAAAAAGAGGACAUCUCCGGGUAAAAGAGGACAUAUGGUCACCCUAUUUAUGAGUCAAUUUAAAACUUCUGUGAGGAACUUUCAGUUUGUAUCAGUUUUAGCGCCCCCUGUGGACAAAGCAGUCUUCCCUCAGUGAAAUAUGACAUUUAUUGUGAAUAUCUUGUGUAAUAAAAAAAACAUGAAAUACUGUAGAUAAUGUGGUGGGGAUAAUCUCGUUUGUGCUCAGAUACCAUGAAUAGGCAUCAAUAAGAAUUUCAGUCUAUUUCAUACACGUCCAAAAACUCCUUAUAGGAGUUUUAAAGACCCUUACAUGAAAACGCAAAGUUAAUGGGUCCAACUGGAUCUCCACCCAAGAGGCUUUUUUUUCCAGUCACAUGUAAAAUACUCAUAAUGAAAUUCUUUCUUUCCCAUAACUAACCAAACACAUCAACUCUUUAUGAUAAGGGAAGAAAGAGAUGCUAAAGUGACGCACAUUUCAUGUCCCUUUAAGAAACAAAAAGGGGUUUUGCAUGUAAGACUUCUUCUGGGGAUGAACAUGGACACAUGGACGUAUAUUUAUGUCACUGAUGAUAUGUGGCUAAAAAAUAUUGCAGAGAAGUUUUGGACACCUCUGCUCUUCAAAGUCAGUCAAGUGUUUGAGUGUCUCUAUAUCUGCGUUUGUUUCAGGUGGAAGCACUGGCACUUCUCCCACCACCUCCAGCACAGGAACUCCCUCUCCUUCAGGUGCAGCUCACCUCCUGUCUCCUUCCUGCUCCCCUCCCACCUUCCACCUCGCCCCCAACACCUUCAAUGUCGGCUGCAGGGAGAGUCAGCUCUGUAACCUGGGCCUGUCUGAGUACCCAGCCUGCGCUCGCAGCAACAUGGCUGCCCUACAGGGUUACGGCGGCCUGGCUGACAGCUCCUACGGACGUCUCCAGGCUGCAGGGGGAGCUGUGGCGACUGCUCAGCCAUCUGAAUCCUUCCUGCCGCAGAGGACUUCCUCUUUGAUCGCUGCUGGCAUGCAGGGCAGCGCUCACGCCUCCCUGACUGGCGGCGGGAGUGGCGGCAGCACUGGAGGAAAGAUGGACGCCUACAGCGGUCAGCUAGGCUCCUUCCCAGCGUCUCAGCUUCAGUAUGUGAUGCAGGCCGGAGGAAGCUCCACCUCUGCCUCCUCUUCUUCAUCAGGAUCCUCCCCUUCCUCCGCCCACAUGUUUAGCGGGAGUCAUCACCACGUGCAGCAGGGCUCCUACAACGCGUUCUCCCUGCACAACCCUUACAACCUGUACGGAUACAACUUCCCCACCUCCCCCCGCCUGGCCGCCAGUCCUGAGAAACCACAGGGAGGUCUGCUCUGCUCCUCAUCACCUGCUGGAGCCUUCGCUGAGCGUCAGUACCUGUCCAACGGAGGCAUGGACUCUAUGCACAUGAUCGGCAACUCCACUGGAGGCCAACAAGGCGGUGGCUCCUGUGAUGGACGUCAGUACAGCUCCUCUUCUCAGAUGUCCAUGCACAUGGUGUAG